AACAUGGCGGCAAAACCAAAACACAAAUUUUGACAGAUAUAUUUUGCGACACAACAAAACACUAAUUACAUAUCAAUACUUGUAUUUGUCAAUAUCGUUUCACAUUAUGACUUCCCUGUGGCAGCAUCCUUACGUAAAUGUGUUCAAACACUUUAAUGUCUCAUCAUGGAAAAAGGCAACAAAGGAAGGGGAAGUCACUUCUGCGAUGGACAAGGCAGUGAAGUCUACAGUGUUCAAGAUCACAGGGUCAAUCCCUGCUGGCAACUACAUCCAGCUGCCAAAGACGAGCUCCCAAUCCCUGGGACUGACAGGCCGUUAUAUGUACCUCCUCAUCAGGCCUGUCCCCACCAAGUACUUUGUGGUUCAUAUAGAUGUUGCAACCCAGGACAACCUUGUAGUGCGCAUCUCCUUCUCCAAUCUGUUCAAAGAGUUCAAGUCAACGUCCACAUGGCUCCAGUUCCCCUUUGUUUGCAAAGCAACACGUGGAACAGUACAUGCCAUCACUGCCAGCACUGGCAAAGAGCAAAGUGGUCCUGCCCCGCUGUCGACACGAUGGACAAUUCUGUGCCUUGAUUUCCAGUAUAUUCUGGCCAUGUACCUGAAUCGCAAGUAUGCCUACAUCAAGGGCGUUCGCCUGUGUGCCAACAUGCAUGUGAAGAACAUGUUCACCAGUGAUGAACAGUAUGAACCAGGCCUAACGGUGGAGCAGGUGAAGCGUUCUGGGGGUCUGCAGGGGGUGUCUCCCCUCCCCCGUGAGAUGGACUUUCCCCUCAUGCGAGGGGACCGCUGGCAUGAUCACUAUGACAUGAUAAAGUUUCCAGCGGAGGCUAGCAACAAACCUCAUGACACAAUACAGUCAACUACAUCAGAACCCACCACUAAGGCUGUGCGCCCGACUAGUAGUGGGCCUAGGCGUAUUGAGGCUCGGAAGGUUGAUGCCAGCAGGUGCUCCUCCAAGCAUGUUUCCAUGAUCAAUGACAUCACUGCUGACAAGGGUUCCCGCCGCCGUGUGGUGACGUCAGAGCUGCCGAUGGUUGGUGUAGAGGAUGUUGAUGUCACACGGGAUGGAUCAGGAGAAAUACACGUAUUUGCCCAUCCUGACACUGGCCCCUCUCUCCACCAGGAUAACACAUCAACUGGAAAGAGUCGUGUAGAGAAGGUGGACAGGUCGGUGGACAUUCCCCCAGUCAAGAAGUCAUACAAGGUGUUGGAGCCAGAUCCGAUCAUGCGGCUGAAGAGAAUCAUUGGCUUUGGAGGCAGCUCAUUCAGAGAUGCACUGUGGACAGAGGACGGCCUAUCUCUUGUGUACCCUUGUCACGCUGUGGUGGUCGCCAUGAAAAUCUCCAAUGGUCACCAGCGUUUUUUUAUUGGACACACAGACAAGGUGUCGGCCAUCAGCCUGAGUGGUGAUGGUAGUUUACUGGCCAGUGGUCAGUCUGGCCCACUCAGUGUGGUAAGGGUGUGGACGAUGGUCAGUGGAGAGUGUCUUGCCCUCUGUAAAACUCAUGCACACUCACUCUCAUGCCUCAGCUUUUCUCACAAAGGAAACCUGCUUUGUGGGGUGGGGAAAGACAGCCAUGGCAAAAAUAUGGUUGUUAUCUGGAACACAAGCAAGGCGAGCAAGUCCCGCGAGGUGACUGUGAUGGCGAAGGCACACACUGAUGUUGACAUCUCCAGGAUGAGAGUGGCCGCCUUUGAUGACACUAGGAUGGUGUCAUGUGGGCGGGACAAUGUGCGACUGUGGCGAGUGAAGGAGGGCAGCCUGCGGUCGGCGCCCGUCAACCUUGGGGAGUACCACACGAUGGAGUUCACUGAUGUCGCCUUUCAGGCCGGCUACCACCCUGGCAAGGACCCAAAUGACAGACUCGUGUACGCAUGCAGCAGGUCUGGCCACAUAUUUGAGAUUGAUGUGAGGAAGGUGAGCGUGCAGCAUGUGCGAAGACUUUUGCCCAACGAGGCUCGCUCGGACAAGGACAAACAGACAUUCAGAUCAGGUCCAGGCUUAGCCAUCAACACAAUGGCAAUCAACGAGACAUUCUGUGUGACGGGUUCAGAUGACGGCUUCAUGCGCCUGUGGCCCCUGGACUUUGCGCACGUGUACUUGGAGGCCGAGCAUGAAGGCCCUGUCACGGCGGUGGGCUUCUCUGCUGAUGGGCUUCAAAUAGUAGCAGGCACUGCUCUGGGUAACUUGGGUAUGUUGGACAUCACCUCCCGCGGCUACACAACCUUGAUGCGCUCCCAUGUAGGCCGUAUACGCAGUGUGGCGGUUGACCCAUACAGAAAACACAUCGCCACUGUCUCCGAGGACAACACUAUACGUGUCUGGGACUCUGAGACACUACAACAGCUUUAUGACUUCAGUGCCCCGAAUGAGUGCCCAUGCACUAUCAGUUACCAUCCCAGCAGGCAGAUCUUCGCCUGUGGCUUUGAGAAUGGUGUGGUCCGAGUGUUCAACGUACAGACCACAUCCAUGCUGGCAGAACACAAGCAGCAUCGUGGUAAGGUGACCGGUCUGGCGUUCAACCCCAACGGUGACUUCCUGUACAGCUCAUGUUCCCUCGGCUCACUUGCAUCUUACGACACUUCUGCAGAAAACUACCCACUACUCAGACUCCUCGGAAAUACAACAUCCCGGGGAGAGCAGUAUUGCCCUGACGCUCUGGCCGUGAGCCCAGAUGGACGAAGGGUGGCCUUCAUUGGCCCCACAGAGUACACCGUUACUGUGGUUGACUCUAAAACACUAGAUGAGACCAUGCGGCUAGAUGUAUCUGGGGCAGGGCAAGGCGGGCGUGGACGGGUGGACACGGCGGCCCGACUCUACUAUGCCCCAGUCACCCUCAACCAUCUUCUUGUGGUCACUGCCAACAACAGGCUCCUUAAGUUUGACUCCCGGGACGGUCGCAUCCUUGCGGAGAUAGAGCAUGUGCAUAAGAACAGUUGUUCGUCACUGGCGUUGACAGAAAAUGGCCACUACCUAGCCACUGGGGGAGACAAAACCAUCAAGAUUUGGGACUACAACAUGAAACAUGAUGUCAACUUCCAGGUGUUUAUCGGUCACUCGGAGAAUGUGUCCCGUAUUGUGUUUACGCCAGACAGCAAGAGCCUUCUGAGUGUUGGGGAGGCCCUCUACCUCUGGGACUUCCUCGCAUACAGACCACCGUCUCCCGCAAGUGGGCGUGAGUACCGAGAGAAAGACUUCCUAACGGGUAACACAGACAAACCCAUGAGUGUUACCUUCCAAAGCCCGAGAUCAAGAUCAGGUCGGAGCCCACGGGCAGGUAGAGAGAGGUCUUUCCUUGAGUCACCGCCUCACUCACCCCUACGGCCCAAGGGUGGAGAUUCUCCUGGCAGGAUUGGGGACCUGAGCUCCAUUCAAAGAGAUCCAUAUGAAGACGAGGUAGAGUCUGUCAUAUCAGAGCGAGACACCGUACUGGCUGCAGCCCCAGGGUCAGGCAUCAGACGGAGAACCCCACAGUCUGCCCUGAACGGCUCCUACACUCCGGACACUGAUGAACCGGAUGAGGAGAGUGAGCCAGUCAGCUCUGGUCAUUUCGGGGGUCCCCAGAUGAUGAAGCACUCGGCCCCAGUCCCCAGACCCUCCAAGAAAGCUGCCCCUGCUGGCCUCACCCCAAGGCAAAAGGGGGCCAACACUGAGAUUGUCAAACCCCGUGCUGCCAAACACUUUCAACAGCGGGAGAAGAAACAUGGCAUGGCUCAGCGCCGCUACACAGCCCCACCCAACCAGGCAGGUGUACGGCUCCGCUCUGUGAUUGGCUACAACGGAAACGCCAGGAAUAACAUGGUCUGGCAUCCUGAUACAGGCUUGUUUGUGUACAGCAGCGGUAACACUGUGAUUGUGGAGGACCUGACCACCAAUGCCCAGCGUCACUUGGCUGGCCAUGUGGAGGAGAUCUCCACACUUGCAUUGCAACACGACUGUCAGGUGUUGGCAUCGGCCAGCGGUAGUUUUGAACUGAGUGGGAGUCAGAUCUGUAUCUGGGACCUGCAGGCCAUGGUUUGUAAGAAGGUGCUCUCCCACCACGAAUAUGAUGUCGUCUGCCUCGCAUACUCCCGUGAUGACAAGUUCCUAGUCUCUGUUGGUGACUACCGAGACUGUACCAUCGUGAUCUGGAGCACCCAGAGCUACUGUAUCCUGACCACGUCAAAGGCAGCCUCCCCGAUCCACGAUAUCUGCUGGGACCCAUACACAGUGAACGAAUUUGCAUCAGUCGGCCAGAACGGAACGGUGCUCUUCUGGCUGCUAGAUGAGACCACAUCCAACAUCGGCCUCAAUGUGCACGAGGCUGACGUGCCUGAUGACCUACUCUAUACCAAGGCCACUGGCAGUCGUGAAUGUGUAGAGUUCACAUGCCUGGCGUAUGCCGGAGACAGCACACUGUACACAGGCACAAACACAGGAAAGGUUGCAGCCUGGGACACCAACAAUAACACCUGCUUUAUACACUGGGAGGCUGAAAAUGUAGAGAUAGGUGUGAUAGUGUGUCGAGGUAGUCUGCUGUUGACGGGUGGGGUUGGGAGGAGCCUGAGGGUGUGGUCUGUGGUUGGUGUCGGGGAGAUGCGUCUCCCUGGGGAGCAGUACAAUGUGCGUACCAGUGGCCUCACCAUGGAGGAUGAGAUGAACACAGAUGGCGCCAUCGUCUCUGCCUCCUUUGACGACGCUAUGGACAUGGGCAUUGUUGGGACAUCUGCUGGCACCCUGUGGUACAUUAACUGGACAGAGAGGACAAGUAUAAGACUUGUGUCCAGUCAUAUGAGCAGGGUGAAUGGCCUGUCCCUGUGUAACAGUGAGCUACUGGCAUCCUGUGCGGAUGACGGGAGUUUGCGGGUCUGGGCUCUUAAGGACCGGGAACAGGCACUGCAGUUUCAGGUCAAAGACCAGGCAUGUACAUGCCUCAGUUUCGCACCAAGCAGCCAGAACAACUUGGAAUAUCGGCGACAAGAUGCUCCAGCCCGUCCGGGGGUGUUGCCCAACAUUGUGGCUGGGUAUAGUGACGGCACGGUGCGCAUGUUUGAUGUCAACAAGGUGGAGAUGAUCCUCAAGAUGCAUCCACAUGCCGUUGCUGUCACAGCCAUUAGUUUUUCAUCUGAUGGUUCUAUGAUCCUGUCUGGUGGGAGUGACGGGCUGAUAGCGGUGAGCAGUCCCACCACGGGGGUCACCGUAAGGGUUAUUGGGGAUCACAAGGGGGCCCCCAUCACAAACAUUGAUGUCACCAACAAGGCCCAGGACCAGGAUGUGGGCGUAUCAGCACCAUUGUUGUGGCUUGCGACGAGUGCUGACCGGCGUGUCAGUGUGUGGUCUGCAGACUGGUCCAAGGACUUCUGUGAGCUGGUAGACUGGCUCACUUUCCCGGCCCCAGCAUUCGGGCCAGACGGGAAUAUGCUGCCCAAGGAGAACAAGGCAAUGUACCAGAAGCUUCCCCCGAGUAUUGCCAAGUUCAGCCCAGAGGAACCGGAUAUGGUCGUGUACACGGGCUAUGGCAUGCAAAAAAACUUACAGUUCUACAGUCUGUCACAGAGAAAGGUUAUACGCACCUUGCCGCUGACCCACUGGUGUCAGAGCCUUGACCUUGUCCUAGACUGCCCACUCAUCGCCAUAGGAACAAAUGAGCGUCUACUGAAGUUGUUGGAUUACUAUGAGGGCAGUUUUCAGGACUUCAUCGGCCACAAUGACCGCGUCCAGGCCGUCAAGUUCUCCCCUGAUGGCAAGCACCUGUUCUCCGCCUCACAUUCUGAAAUCUUCAUCUGGGAUGUCAUGUUAUGAGAACAAUUGUGUGUGUUAAAUAACAUAAGGAAAAGGAACUUUUAGGUUAAUGAGAGAUUUGAUUACUCCUGGAAGUCCGUCCAGAUAUUUGUGAAAGUCUUUGUAUAGGAGGCUAUGAACACUUACAGAUAUUCGUUAAUGUGUGAUGCAUGCUCUAAUGUAUAGGCUUGACAUGUUAGAUAUAGGUCUGGACUGGAGCAACACUGCCACUACAUCUAGCUUUUAAAUACCUACCGUAUUCAGUGUUUAUACUGAACUUCUUGAGGCAGUUGGGUCUUGAUUUGUAUCAUUUUGAUUACUGAAUCUUAACCUCAAAGAAUCGGUCUAUUUAUGUAAAAUGGAUGGGUUUUUUUGUACAUAUGUGUCCGUAUUUAUUUACUAGUAAUGUAUUUUAUUGCUAAUUUAAAUGCUGGGCUAGACAUGUUUUAUACAUAUCUGUGAUAGUUUUGUUGCCAGCGUUUUUCUAAUUACAUGUACCUUGAUCUGAAGUCAUUCUGUUGCAUUUUGAAAAUAAUCUGACAUACUUAACGUUAGUUGUGAUAGCAUGCUCAGAUGCUGUAUCAUUAAAUGUAUAUACAUGU